AUUGUGACCUUUAACAAUUUUUGGGAUAUAUAUUUAUGUUCCAAAUAGUUGUCAUCCUAAACUAUAGGGUGACAGGAGGAGCUAUAUUAACAGUUAUUAUAAGUAUAUCAGGUCAAAACCGCCUGCAGUAAAAUGGUCCUAACAUUAGCUUUAGAAAAUGACAGGAAUCUACACAAUACAAUUGUUAUAUUUAACAUCUCAAAGAUCAUUUGAGUUGUGUAUGUCCAUUGGUAAACAUCAGAAGGCUGAAUGAUUUGUUAGAAUAGACUUUGUUAUUGCUUCCUUUUUGUUGCUGGGUUUCAACUCAGUGACACCUGCCGCACACACACACACACACACACACACACACACACACACACACACACACACACACACACACACACACACACACCCCUCAGUUCAUUGGUAAUUUGACCACAGCCCCGCCUACACUGACUUCUUUAUAAAGCUGGCUAGCUGAGGGAGUUGAAGUUACACAGACUGGCCCUUUAAACACACAGAUCUCCUCAGCACACACUUUCUACUUUAGAUCAGUUGAGUUUGACAGGACACUUUAAGGAGACACAUAUAUUUUCAUCCUAUAUUAUUUCUUUAUUUUAUAGAAGAUACUUUGUGGAGACUUUCUCUGUCAUCGGAGGAACUUUUGGAGGAACUUUUCUUCAUGAUGGAUCUGUCCGACCUUCCCUUCCCUCUCUCUUCUGCUGAUGACCUUUACGAUGACCCCUGCUUCAGCACCAGUGACAUGAACUUUUUUGAUGACCUGGACUCUCGGCUGAUGCACGCUGGCCUGCUCAAGCCAGAUGACCAUGUCCAUCACCAUAAUCACCACCACGUCCCAGUCGCAGAGGAGGAGGAGGAGGAGGAGGGGGACGAGCAUGUGAGGGCUCCUGGGGGCCCCCACCAGGCGGGGCACUGCCUGCUUUGGGCCUGCAAGGCCUGUAAGAGAAAGACGUCAAACGAAGACCGGAGGAAAGCAGCAACAAUGCGGGAAAGGCGACGACUGGGAAAGGUCAAUGACGCCUUUGAGACCCUGAAGCGAUGCACAGCGUCCAAUCCAAACCAGAGGCUGCCCAAAGUGGACAUCCUGCGCAACGCUAUCAGCUACAUCGAGUCCCUGCAGUCGCUGCUCAGGACCGGCAGGGAGGACAGCUUCUACCCGCCCAUGGAGCACUACAGCGGGGACUCAGACGCCUCGAGCCCGCGCUCCAACUGCUCCGAUGGCAUGACGGAUUUCAUCUCUCCGUGUUCACCCAGAAGCGAGAACAGUGAUGGUUCCUACUGCAGCCACCCAGACGUUUCUGUUUUAAUGGGACAUUCUGAUGGUGUUAGAACUUAA